GGGUCAUUUGGUGGCGUUGUUGUUUUCAUGUUUCUGUUAUUUGUCAUCAGCUUUACGUUAUCUGGUAGAUUUAUCGUGGCAUUUCAUGUGUUGUACUUUUGGAUAUCUCACUACCAAACACCCCGAUUCGAUAUUGAUUAUCAGCAAAACUGUUCGGCGGUCCCUGUGUUCCCUCCUAAAGCUUUGGAAUGGGCAGUCAUUUCCGCAGUUACAUCUGGGACCCGGUCCUCAUUUUGUCUCAGAUUGUGUUGAUGCAAUGCAUCUACUACAGCUUCCUGGGUUUGUGGCUGGCUGUUGUGGACAGUCUUGUACAAACCAACAGAUCACUGGACCAGAUCUUCAGUUAUGAGGUUCUUGGAUUUGCAACAAUGCAGGGCAGACUCUCAAUGAUGGCGUUCAUCUUGAACUCACUUACCUGUGCCCUGGGCCUGUUGUUCUUUAUCCGCCGAGGGAAGCAGUGUCUGGACUUCACUAUCACCGUGCACUUCUUCCACAUGAUGGGCUGUUGGCUCUACAAUGCCCACCUCCCGGCGGCCCUGUCCUGGUGGCUGGUCAACGUGGCCUGCAUGGCUCUGAUGGCCGUGAUUGGAGAGUACCUAUGCAUGCGGACUGAGCUCAGGGCCAUCCCAGUAAACAGUGGACCUAAGUCUAACCUUUGACUGCUGACCACCUGACCUGACCCCACUCUUUGACUCUGGCUCAUUCCCUGUGAACUGUUCACUGACAGUAUUCUGACCAGUAUGAUGUAGGGUAUGACAUUUGUGCCCAAAGACUUGGUGGGACUGGGAUGUCAGCUGCUAUAACGCAGUAGUUGGAUCUAGAGACAGAGAUGCUCCAAGUUGGAACAUUGCACACCUCUCAAUAGAUUCAAGGACUUGGAAAUUAACUUAAAUGGUGCUGGUUGCUGUAUUUAUUUGUAAACAUGUACGACCUGUCUAACAGUGAAUGCUAACUUUUUCCUCGACCCACUAAGAUAUCACUUGCUUUGAGACAGUUCGAAGCAGAGUUUAGUUUAGCUUAAUGGUUUCAUGAUUUGAUUAAAUAAUGAUGAUAUCACAUGAUUGUGGCAAAAUGAUUGUCAUGCACAUGCUUUCGGUUAUGUCCUUUCCAGUUGAGAAAAAUAAAAACGACAACAAACUAGUCAUACAUGU